AACAGUCGUUGGUUUUUCUUUUUGCCUCCUGUCGAUAUUCCUCAAUCACCAUUGUUCUGUGAUGAGAAAACUAAAGGCAGAGGAGCUACGGACCGACUAAAAUCUCUUUCGUCGACGACAAACAACUCUGUCAUCGUUGCCGACUCCAUCCCCUUGAACCACAAAGAAGCCUUCUUUAAGGGACACGGAACUUCCUUGAUCAACGGUGAGUUGCUGACGACGGUCUGUGGAGUUGUGAUUAACGUGGACAAGCUUGUCUAUGUACGCACCUUGCGAGCUAGGUACAAACCUGAGGUUGGGGAUAUUGUGGUAGGCCGUGUCAUUAAGGUUGCUCAAAGCCAUUGGAAAGUGGAGCUCAACUCUAGUCAAGAUGGAGUACUGAAGCUUUCUUCCAUCAAUAUGCAUGAUUCUGUUCAGAAGAGAAUGACGUCUGUGGAUGAACUCAAUAUGCGGAAUAUUUUGGUAGAAGAUGAUGUCCUUUGUGCCGAAGUAGGCGAAACUCAGCGCGAUGGCAGCCUGCAGCUACUACUAGCUGGAAGUCACAAGUAUGGAAAGCUGGACAAGGGACAGCUUCUGAAGGUUGAUCCUUACUUGGUUAAGAGAAGCAACCUUCACUUUCAUUUCAUAGAAACUCUUGGGAUCGAUUUGAUUCUCGGCCGUAAUGGCUUCAUUUGGGUAGGGGAACACGCCCAAGUCCAAUAUCCUAUGGUUUUGGAUGAUGAGAUCAUCUCAUUAAAGACUCGGCAAAGCAUUCUUAGAAUUGGGAAUGCAAUACGAGUCUUGUCUAACCUUGGCUUCACCGUGACUCUAGAAGUGAUCAUGGAAACUUUUAACUUAAGCAACAUGGAGAAUAUCGACAUACAUGACAUGCUUGGAUCAGAGUUCCACGUUCUUGUCACAGAGAACCAAGCUGAAAGAAGAAGAAGAUGUGUAUAGAGGAAAUUUGUGAAAACCCCCAUCUAUAACUUUUGUGAUGUGUUUUUCUCUUGCUUGCUGAUUUUACAUAGACUUGUAAACCAAGUCGCCUUGGUCCAGUAAUAAAGGAAGGUAAUUCCCGCCACCUGGUUCGAGUAGCAUUGGCCACCAGAAUUCGAAUAAUUUAACAUGGUUUUCCGGAUCCCAGGAUUAGUCUUUGGGCCUAGAAAGUU